GUGGGAUUACAAAACCGCGAACUUUCGGAAAAACUUCAACUAGAUCCGAAUCUCACCCUGGAAAAAGCUACAAAUUUAGCGAGACAAAGAGAGACGGUGAAACAACAACAAAACAUUCUUAACGGCGGAUUCAAGUCUACUCCAGCGCACGUUGAUGGCAUCGCGAAAGGAAAAUCGCGGAGAAACAAAGAAAACUUCAAAGAGAAGUCGCAAGACAAGUCUAAAGAGAAACCUUCCGAUAGCUCCAAAGAGAAAAAUCCUGAUCAAAAGUGUUAAAGGUGCCUUGGAAAAUUGCACCUGAAGAAAACGUGUCCUGCACGCUUCUCCAAGGGUAACAAGUGUUCAAAAAUCGGUCAUUGGGCGCAGGCUUGUAAAAGUUAAAAACCAGGA